GAAAAACGUUGGAAAGGCCUCAGAGAUGAACUGACCCCGAGAAUAUCGGGAUCGGUUUACAAGCGAAAUGAUCCAGACUUGAACCUUAAUUUUGGAGAGCUGGCCAAGUGACGUACUCUCUCCACUCUCAUUGAAUUGCACAACUCAAUGUGGAUCUCCCAGUCGAACUUCUUCGAUUCGACGCGGUAUAAAAUGAGAGGUUCCCUACUCGUUGAGUAAAUAUCUUCUGGACCCCGACAUCGACAACGAGCACAACUGCAAUGUCGGAAUCGCAUACUUCUAUCUUCCUCACUGGUGCUACUGGCUACAUUGGCGGGUCUGUUCUCGCUCGCCUGUUAGCUCAUCCAAGCGCAGAGACCUUCAAUAUUACAGUCGUUUCUCGUCAGGCAGAGAAGGCGAAGAAACUCGAAUCCUUCGGCGUGAACGCUGUUGUCGGUUCUAUGGAUGACUAUGCUUUGGUUGAGGAACUCGCAUCGAAAGCACACGUAGUCAUCGACUGUGCCGACGCCGAUAACCUCCCAGCCGUGGAAGCCAUCCUGCGCGGCUUGAGGAAAAGGCAUGCUACAGUUGGUGAUCUGUCCACCUUAAUCCACACCUCUGGCACUGGCGUGUUGACCGACACCGCAAAGGGACUUUAUGCUAGCGACGUCAUCUGCGACGAUCUAAACGCUGACCAGAUUGAGGCCAUUCCCGACACUGCUCUUCACCGAGACGUUGACCUCGCCGUUGUCAACGCUGAUAAGCAGGGAUACCUGAAGUCAUACAUUAUUAUACCUAGUACUAUUUACGGAAUCGCCAAGAACCCCCUUGUCGAAGCUGGCAUCCAAAACCCUCACUCCAUCCAGAUCCCCCAGAUAAUCAAACCUUCUCUAGGUCGCAAACAAGCUGCUGUCGUCGGGAAGGGUGUUUCCUUCUGGCCUGACGUCUCCAUAGAUGACGUCUCCGAGCUCUACAUCGUCCUCUUUGAUUCCAUCGUCUCCAACCCCGACAAGACCGGCCACGGCCGCGAAGGGUACUACUUUGGUGAGAACGGUGAACACCGGUGGUACGACAUCUCUCGUGCCGUUGGUGAAGCACUCGUCGAGCUCGGAAUCAGCAAGGAUCCGGAGCCUACGUCGUUCACUGACGAGGAGCUUAUCAAGUACUUCGGUUCAGUGUGUACAUAUAACUAGGAUGCAGGUAACUACGCCGGAAGUAACUCCCGCUGCCGCGCAAAUCGUGGCCGCUCGAUUGGUUGGAACCCGAAACACACUACCAAGGAUAUGUUGGCUAGCAUUAAGCCGGAGGUCGAAGCUAUCCUCAAGCAGCAGGGUGGGAAGUAAAGGACUCUGUGAAGUCGGGCGGAAACAAAGGAAAAGAAAACCGUAGAAAUCGAAUGCAACUUGUAUGAGUAUAAUAUGGUUCUCUGGGCAAAUGCAAUGUGUGCCGGGUAGAUAUUUGAAGGAUUUACCUAGAUGGAAGCAGGUGUGCAUGGCGGCCAAGCCUGUUGAAGUGGAUGGCACAUUUGGCAAAGUAUUGUGUCUGUGCUCACAUCAUUCGUCACAAAUGCGAUUUCACCUUUGGCAUGAACCUUCUUAUGCGUUCCUCCCAAUGAAGGUUUUAAAUCGACACCUUCAAGUGAUGGGCAGGAUGCUGAGAAAAGCUUGGCAAUACUCUCCGAUUUAUCGAUAUUCGUCCUGUGGUUCCAGAAGAACCAACGAAGAAGAGUGAAA